GGCCAAUAAAGACCUGCUCCUUGUUUUGUCAUGCCAGAGAUGGCAUAAUGCAGCUUGUGAGGAGCCGGUCGUGUGUUGUUCAAGCUUCUCACAGUAUGAUGGUGUUUCUUACCUCAAAAAAAUUGAAGAUGGCUCCUACCUGAAAAGCCUCCAACUUGCAAAGAGACGUAGAAGUUUUAAAAAAUGACCCAACUUCUCACUUCAUUUAUUAACUCCGUAAACAUGAAUUGAUGGUCUUAACUCUAAAGGUUUGACAUGUCAAUACACGUGAUGAUGUCUUUAACACUUUGUCUUCAAUUCAUAAAAAUUCACAAUCAUGUUUUCCAGGAAAAUAAACAUUCGUUCUUCCUGAAAAGGGAUCCCCACUUAAACAGCCUUUGUAUGGUAUACUAUCACUAUCCCUUUGCUUUUUGAUCUAUUUGUAGUUUUGUAUUUUACUUUUGAGAUUAUUUCAUAUAAAUGCAUUCUGCAAAUAUGCAUUUUGCCGUGUUUGAAGUGUCGGUCUGACACAUAAAGCUCAGGAAGUGGCCCAAACCAAAUCUAUUUUCAACAGCUUUUUUUCCAUUUGGUUUUUCUUUCAGAAGCCUUUGAGUGUUGAUUUGUUUUUUUUUCUGUUGCUCUUGGUCAUAUUACCCAAUGAAACCUUUGGACAUAACUUUUUAGCAUAUUUGAAGUAUACCUUUGUGAGUAAAUACAUACUGUGUUUGCUCUCUGGAUGUAUGUGUGGGGCCUAAUUAUUUCUGAACUGAUCACUUCCUGAGUACAGCUUUCCCCCAUUUGAAACCUGCUGUUUUGAGACCUUUAAACCCACUCAUCACCACUCAUCCAGGUGUGAAGGGUUGAUCAAUGAUUAAUGAAUCAUCUUCUAAAGAUUGGCAGAAAAAUAUUUACAAGAACUAACUUUGUGUUGCGCAGUUGUAAAAAAAUAACUUCAGUUCAGUUCUGGUCAAAUGGAAAGUCUAAAGCUUCAGCACCACACAUGGAACAAAGCCAUGUUACACAAAGCCAUUGUAUAGUAUGUCAAAAAGGUCAUGAUAUAUAGUAUGAUAAUGGACUUUUAAAUCAUAGAAUAAUGAUUCAUAUAAAAGUCAGUGUAUAGUAAGUUUAGACAAAUCAGAAACAUCUAAACUUUAUAGAAAAACUAUGACUAUAAUGAGUGUAGCAGGUUAAAAAAAAUGUUUAAAGUCAGUCAAUAUUGUAGUUCAGUGUGUCAUGAAAAAGUCAUAGUAUAUUAUGCUGAACCAAUAGUCAUGUCAUGAAGUCAAAUAUAGUAUUAAAUAAAAAAUCAUAAAAAUGUCAUGUCAAAAUAUCCAUUAAAUAAUCUUAGUAUGGUAUAUUGAAAAAAGCAAAAUUAUAUCAUAGUAUGUUGAAAAAGGAAAUGAAAGUUCAUAAAAUUAGGUAAGAAAAAGGUUUAUAGGUUGAAGUCAUAGUAUAUUGAUAAAACUCAUGAAAAGAACUGUUUUAUAUGUAAAAAGAAAAUUAGAUGUAGUCAUAUUACAUUUAAGAAAAGAAACAUAGUAGCCUAUAGUAUUUAGAAAAAGAACAUUAAAAAGUCAGAGUAUAGUAUUCCUAUGGUAUAAUAGUUUUGGUAUGUUGAAAUAAAGUCAUAUUUUAAUAUGCUGGAUUAAUUAAUAAGAAAAUCAGGGGAGUGUAUCGAAAUUGACAUCAAAAUGUCAUAGUAUUAUAUGAUGGAAAAAAAGUAAAAAAAGUAGAAAAGUUAUCUUGUCAAAAACGUUAUUAUAGUAUAUUAUAUCAAAAGAAAAGUCAUCUUUUUAGAUGUAGCUCUUGUCCUCAUGAUUGGGGAGCUGUGGUAUCAUUGAACACUGAAGUGAAACGCCAGGUCACUGCAACCUGGUGUUUUUCAGUAUGUUGAUGUUUUCUCCUACAGCCCCAGGACCUCCGUUUCCUGUUUUUAUUCUUCACAGGUUAACACCACAAGGCAUGGAGCCUCAGUCCAAUUGUUUUCACUUUGCAAUGGAAAUUCUGCACUAAAGUUGUGUAAAGAAUGUAUGUUUUCUACAUAAUGCAUACAACGUUAAUGCAGACUUAGCUACAGACAGUUCAUUCUGUCGCUGUGGUGUCCUCCUCUCUCUCGUCUUUUCCUCAGAUUCAACCCUCUGAAGGCCUUGCAGCCCAAACGCCGGUUGCAACAAAUACUGGCGUCCUCGCCCAUCCCGGUGCCAAAGCCGGCGUCUGGGUCGGGGACGGCUGCCCCAGCGGCGGCGGGGGCCAUUCCUGUGCCCGCGCCCCCCGCGUGAGACACACUUCAGUUACAGUCUCAGAGAGCAUGCUCAGUAGCUGCUGCUCCGGCAUGCAUCGUAAACCCAGAGCCAUCACACAGGAAACAUUUAUGCUACCUGUAUCUCAUUGUCACAGUUUGGAAAUUGCACAGAGAUCCGAACUAGAGCUCUCGGUGCCUAGAAGUUACCAUCAAGAACAGCAAAAAGCACAAACUGUGUGUUUGUGUCGUUGUUGUCACACCACCAAGGGAAACCCUGAUGCACCGGUGUGUGUGCCCACGAAGGCACCGCCAGCAUGUGUACGCUCACUAGGUCCACUUGCACUGGGUAUACUGGGAUCGACGAAGCCUUGUUUAAAGGCUACGCGCACGGCAGAAACGGCUCACGUGCUUUGGAAGCAUAACGUGAUCACCGGUUUACCACAUCCGCACAAUCCACAGCACCCUGUUGGUUAAAAGGGGGUCCACAGCGGAGAGUUGGCUACUUCGGCGUUGCUGGAAAUGAGAAUGUGCGUCGUGGUUUUCAAACCAAAAGAAAUGAGAGCUGGUGUGAUCUAAAAUGAUUUCAGAGUCUUGAGCCAAGUCUCUGUCUCUAACGGGAGACAAAGCCACAGCAUUAUGGAUUAUGUCUGCACCCCCUCACACUUACCAACACCUGAGUUGGCUCGGCUCCUACGGCUCUCCACAACCGCCACCCACACCCCACAGGCCAGACACAAGGUUUGACUACUGCAGGUUCAUAGAGCUAGACUACGUCCCUAUGGAGACAGGCUAUAUGGUCUCAAUGCGCCCGACCAAAGGCUAUGCAUCGACCAAGUCGCCGACCAAGGGAUACGCUUCUACCAAGUCUCCGGAUCGCCACAGCCGUUCGACAAACUCUCCCUCGACCCCCCGUGCUCGGCGGACACCAGCCACACCCAGUAACAGAGAUCCCCAUGGCAACACAUCACUCAGCAGCAGCAGCAACUCAGGCUCUUGUAAAGGCAGCGACUGCAGCCCCAACAAAGGACGUCAUCAAAAGUACUCGUGUACAGACAACCAUGGUAUCCGGCCGCCUCCACCAGAGCAGUACCUCACACCCCUGCAGCAGAAAGAGGUUUGUAUCCGACACCUGCGGGCCAGGCUAAAGGAAACCAUCAACACCCUUCAAGACAGGGACACGGAAAUAGAUGAGUUGAGAGGGCAGCUAUACAGGAUGCAGGAGGACUGGGUUGAGGAGGAAUGUCACCGGGUAGAGGCUCAACUGGCCCUGAAGGAGGCGCGCCAGGAGAUCCAGCAGCUCAAACAGGCUGUGGACACUGUUCGGGCUUCUCUCAGUGAUGCAGGGGGGCUCAGUGGUGAUGAAGGGGUCCAGAGGUACUUUCAGGACAUCAACGCUCAGAACCACAAGCUUGAGAAUCUUUUGCUUAGCAUGGAGCUAGCACAGGCUGGAUUAGCCAAGGAGGGGGAAUCCAUACCUGGCUGUUGGACCCGUGUUGGUGGUUCGGCACCAGCAUCGGUAUCAGGGGAAAGUCCAGGAGGAAUACCCAAACCGGCAGUAGGAGGGAGGGGGUCUUGCUCCUGCGACGGUAGCCCAGCCCAUUCUCUGACCCGGAGCUCCACCUACACGAAGCUGAGCGAUCAGGCGCUUGCGGACAGGAACGGAAAUGCACCGGACUUUCCUUGUCUUUCAGGUGAAGGCACCCAGGAUAGUGGUUUUGUGUGCUGUGGGGAUAGCAGCGUCCCCAGCCAGGCCGACCUGCUGUUAGAGGCUGCCUUCCUCUCUGAGGAAACAGCUUCUUUACUCAACUCCUACGCAAAAACCUUUUCUCAAUCUUUGCCCCACUCUCUUCCACAAUCUUUGCCCCAAACUCUUCCCCACUCUCUUCCCAACUCUGUACCCCAUGUUUUGCCGCAUACCUUUUCCCAUACCUUACCUCGCUCUUUUCCUCGCAAUCUGUCCCACUCUGUGGCCCACACUAUGCCACACUCCGCCACAUGUGAGAAACUGUACACAGGUGAUCGGCUGCCACCAAAUCACUGCGGUCUUGGUGGAGUGGGUUGUAUGAGCCAUCCUUGCCUGUCACACCACCACCUCUACCUGCACUCCCUGCGGGAGACAGGCAUUCAAACUGAAAGCUGCCCCGUCCCUGCAGCGGCAGGCUACCCCUCUGAUCUGGAUACCAUCGCGGAGCAACGCACUUUCCGUUCCCAGGCCUGUAGCCCCACCUCCACGUGGAUAUCUGAUGAGGGGGAGGAGGAGCUGGACUCCCUUACCACCACAGCUUCAAUAACCACAGCAACGAUGAUGAGCACAGCCACAGAGCCAAUCCCGGCCUCCAACACCCCACUGGUCCCUCAAUUACCACGGUCUGCUACGAUGGCGUGUUCCAUGGAAGGUCCUCUGUGCAGGGCCGAAGAGGGAGUAGAAAAAAGGGACAAGCUGGUGAAUGAGAAGAGGGGGAAGGAAUCUGCAGCAACCGUGCGACAGGAGGAUACAGCAGUGAUCAGUCCGGCAGAAGAAGGGUAUACGACACAAAUGGGCUCAGAGGUAGGAAAAGAGGUUGAAGUUCAGGAUGCAGUGGAGGAGGUAAAAUCAGAUAAGCUGUGCGAUUUAACAGAGACAUCUGCAGGGACGUUUGGUGAGGUUACUUUUGGAAGUUGCUGUGGAGAAGGCACACAGGGCGAGACAACACUGGAAGACAUUGGUGUUGAAGACAGGCUGCAAGAAGUUGGCUUAGCAGCUGGAUCAACCAAGGUAGAGACAGAAGAAAUUAAUCCAAGUCCCCAAGGGUCAUCAACAGAUGUAGAACAGCCCCACACCUCGCAACCCAGGAAAUCUUCUUCUUAUGAGGAGAUAGCUGGUGUCACUAUAGUGGAGUUAGAUGAUGAUGACGAGGAUGAAGAUGGAACUAAAGAACAUGGUGCCACAGGGGGCGCCACGGCAGAGGCGGGAGAUCCGUCAAGCUCUGGGACAAUUGAGAAAAGUUACUGGAGUCGUCACUUCCUGGUUGAUCUGCUGGCAGUGGCCAUUCCUGUAGUGCCAACAGUGGCCUGGCUCUGCCGCGGUCCGGUCCGUAGUGGACAGCCCAUGUAUCAUUUAGGGUCGCUGCUGCGCGGCUGUUGCACUGUGGCACUGCACUCUCUUCGCAGGGGUGGUGGGUUGAGGCAUUACCCUGCAGGCGGGGGAGACCUGGGCGGAUCGCAGAUAUAACAGGAGUUAUUAAGAAGACGUCUGGGUCCUAGCUGUUUGGAAGAUACCUGUAGUGGGAAAGGAACAAAGAAGAAACCUCCUGUCCUGUAUUCCUCAUCAAGGUUAAUACCUGAGGGGAGCAUCAGGAACAACAAAUGUGUAUUCAUGACCAAGACCUCUGGCUGAUGAAGUCUGUCCUGUUUGGUCCUCUAUUGUCUCUCACACACUGGUCUUUGCUCUUGCUACAUAGAUGUCUGCAACACUACGGACUUGUGUAAAACUGAAUGAGCUGGUUGAAAUGAAUGGUCUAUGCUAGGAUGUUUCACACUGAAUGUUUUCUUUUUAAAAUGCAGGGAAUUGGUUAAUUAGAUUUGUCACCCUAGAGGCUGUCUCUAUUCUGGCAUGUCCUAAUGAUCUUGAUGAGUGAGUACACAAAAUAUGGUAUGUAUAUGUAUUAGAAUGUGUCUCUCUCUAACCAAAUGGCCUCGUCGUCUGCAGUGCAUGAGCUGUACUCUGCACACUAACCUGCACCAAGGGAUGAUCCACCCUAAUUCGGAUUUGUGAAAAAACACAGACUUUAUCUCUUACCAAGAAACAAUGAUGUAGACACAGAACUCAGGUUGAUUCCAAAGGUAGAACGCACUGAAGCAAGGCUGCCAAGAACCGUACGCAAAAACAACACUGUUAGUUUUUGGAGGACAGAUCAGUCGUGCUGGUAAGCCAGACACAGUUAGGUUGUUUCUGAUUGUGCCAGGCAGGCACUGUGCAGAGAUUUUAAACACAAAACUGCUCCCUGGAGAACUAAAAUAGCCCUGCCAUUUAAGAAAGGACAGAGCUGUGAUGUUUCAUAGACUGGUGAGACAUGAAAUACAAUCCAGAAAAUCUGGUUUCAGGAACAGAUUCUUGACUUUUUGAGUUCCCGCAUGGCUACGGUCAAAACAUCUGUUCUAAAAUGUAACUUGUUUGGAGCUGGAGCUGGCACAAGAUUAGUUUAGCUUAGUAUGAAGACUCAAAGCCUCAUAUAUACGGUUUAUACCGCCAAUCAACACCUCAAUGAACAUGCCAUAUCUCACCUGUAUAAUUAAAACAAAAAAUUUAAAAACCAUUUGGGUGCUUGGACUAUUUGAGAGGUAAUGAGUUGUUUUUUUUGUGGCAAGAAGGUAAAAAAGUGCAUUUCCCAAAACAAUUAUUUUAUCUGAGCUUGUGCUGGUAGAGAAAUAAAACUGAACUUCACUGCAGAUCAGGCAAGAAAAAAGCGAAUUACUUCAACCACAGCCAAUAGUCUUUGAUAAUGGAGUGUCCUGGCACAUCAGCUGGUGGUUGUCAUUCUUUGAUAGAAAAACAUUUCCUACAUCUGACAACCUCUUGAUUUUGCUCUCUAUUAUUCCGUUCUUUAAAGAUUGAUUCGACAGGCUGUUCUUUUGCAUUGAGCCCAGGAUCACAGCUCCAAGCAAAAUGGUCAAAAACGCAGUUCGUUUUGGUAUAGUUCGUUUUUUUGAGGCAUUAGUUGACCUCCGGUGGAAAAUGAAUGUGUGCGCCAUGUCUUUGGUGUUUUUCUACCACGUGUGAGUAUGAUUGGCAUCACCUGUUGGUUUGUGGUACACCAUUUUGUUUUAUCACAAGGUAGCCAAUCCCCAAAUCAUGUGAACAUAAUUCAUAAAAAUGACAUUGCACUGCAUUGAAGAAGACUUGAAACUAGCGUUUGAGACCAUAAACUUAUGGUUGCUAAGGUAAUUAAUAAAAGUAGAAGUCGGGUCAUUUUCUCUACAUCCAAGCGUCUUUUCGCCACUAGAGGUGUCGCCCCCUGGUGGCUAUUAUAGAGAAUGAACGUCCAAGGUCUUUCCUUGUUGGUUUCACUUUCCAGACCAAGAGGUACGUCUUUCAUAACGUCUGUGCUGUAUGGCUUCUCUCAACCGUUCGUGGGAUAGUUGGGACGUUUUGGGCAAACUUUUUGCUCUCUUGCUACAUUUCAAACAAACUCAACUGAACUUGAUCUUUUAUUCCUCUCAAGCCAAGUAAGAAAGCUCUUCAAUUCGACAAACUGUCAGCGGCUCAGUCUGACACGCUGUCGAUGGGAACGCCGUGCGUUGUGCUGAGUCUGUGCUAUGUGCUGUAUAUUUAUGCUAACUAAAAGCUCUUGUUGGUGUAGUUGAACCGUCACUCUUGUAGUAUGUAUUUUAAGUCUGCUGUACAAAAGUUGGUGAGUCACUGCGAAUAAAUCAACUUUAUUUGUUUAAAAGAUCAUUCCGCAAAGCAUUUCUAUUCAAGGCGUACUACAUGUUUGUGGACAAUUCAAUAAGAGUCAUAGGUUGUAAUCGCGUUUAGGAUCUGGGUCAUUGACCAAAGAGGAACCUGGCGGAAAAUAUCUUCUGUUUGCGGAUCUGUAAAUGUUUAUUUUUAUGUGUAAUAAGGGCAAAUAAGCGGCCUGCUACUGUAAAGUGAAAUAUAUUCUGAUAGCCACUCAUGAGCCAAAUAUGGAUUGAGAAAUUACUGAUGCAACCAGCUAAAUCUUGUCUGAAACCAAAUGAGUUGUUUAGUUAUUUGGUGAUGAAAUAAGCAGCAUGGAUCUUUUAUAAUUUGUUUUUUUAUAUUUUGUUGACAUAUUUUGCACUAUUGUUCACUUUAUACGUUUUAAGCAGAUUGUAUGUGCAUUCAGAGUGUUGUGUGUCUACUGAGUUCUGAUUGUUCUGCAGUGUCAAUUCAGUUUGAUAAUGUGUGAGGCAAAGUUAAGGCUGCUUUUUUAGAUAGAUCCUUAAAAAUUCCAUUAAAAUACACGUCAUUUUUUUCUGUGAAUACUGUAAAGCAGUCGACUUUCUAACAAUACGAGCUAUUGAUCUCAGCUCUUUACAUUUCACCAGAUUAUGAAUCCAGGAAAAGCCUGUGUUUGAUUCCACUCCAUCGACCUGAGGGAUCCACAUAAGCGGUAGAGAUCUAUGAAAAGAAAGAAUGCCUUAGAGACCCACUCUCCGUCUCCUCCGUCACCUCAACAUCACUCUCAUCAGCACAACUUGUGCGUCGUCUGACUCUAUGAGCCACUCGGCUUGAGUGGAUUGGGAGACUAAAACUAUUUACUAAAAGCCAUAUGAGCCUGUAAGGGACAGGAAUGAGAAUGUGGGAAGCCUCCUCUCCAUUUCAAUGUUUUGUAAUAUGAAAUGUUGCAAAGCAUGUGAACCAUUAUUUCAGUGUAUCGUAAUUGUACUUUGAUGUUAGUCUGUAAGACUCUGCUGCUCAUUACAUGCCGUCGAUUGUGACUAACACGCGGAGGAUGGAGGAAAGGAAAGGAUUGAGGAAAGGAUGGGGGAAAGGAAUGCUGUAUUAAGUGGUUCAGGUUAAGGAAUACAUGCUUCAGCAAUACAGCAUCAUUCUAACCCCAUAUAGUCGCCCCCAUGCACGGCAGUCUGCAUGUUAUGUUCAUUUUGUUACCACACGACAAGACUUAUAUACACUUUAGUUGUGUUAAUGCAUACAAAAUGUACUACAUGAGGUAACACACAUUUUAAAGUCGUCCAAACACUAAAUCUGUAAGGCGUUAUUUUUGCGUAAAUGGCGUAUCAUAAUUUGUUUUUGCGUUAAUACAACCAGAUCUAAGCCUGGCAAUGGCAUUCAAUUAAACCUGUGCUUUAGUAUGUUUAAUGUUUGCUGGGGUCUUAAAAGGCCUCAUUCCUUUCCCAAAGGACAAAGUCCCUCACAUUCUUCCCUUGUUGUUUAUUACCGCCAAGAGGCCGGUGUCUCGGGGGCUCUCUGCAGCAACGCCGCUGUACCGCACCGGCUUUUCUAUUUCUGUCCCAUAAUUCACAGUAAGGGAUGCGCCAGUGUGCACUGUGUGUGACUGAUUGAUUGUAUACUUUGUAAAACGUCAAACACAUAAGAUGCUGAAUAUGUUGCUUUCUUGGGUAUGUGUAUGUCCAUUUAUGCUUUAUUCUCUGUCUAUGUGUUUCAUAGCGUAUGUAAUGAUUAAUAAUGUAUGCAGAGGUUGUACCACAUAAUUUAACAUACCAUUAAGGGCAUUUAAAUGCCUUGUAUAGGGAUUUAGCUGACAUCAUUGAUAUCUACAAGAUAACGUAAUGUUAACUACUUUAAUGGCAAUAGUGUGUAGUUAAAGACGUUAAUGGGCCACUUCUCCAUUGACCCUCCCACCACUGUAUAAAGAGAGACCAAAAGCCCUUAUAUUAAACAGCAUGGUGGAAAAGUU